UUUCUGUCAUUUGAUCAGCUGACCUGACAUGUGAGCUAGUCUUUAUUUCCUGUCCUGAAUAAAUGGAAAUUAUCCGAGUUCCAUUUGUUGUCAGAUGAUUUAUCGUAUUUGAGGCAAAAACUGAUUCAGAGAUAUGAUGAAGUGUCCAAGAAGGUCAUCUGAGGCCGAAGGUUUCUUCUUUAUAGGGAAUCUACUCUUAUUCUGAGCGUGAAAGAAACCUAAAAAGAGAAGGAAGUUUUAAAGGGAGACACUCCUACAUUUCAGUUUGACAGCCUCCGGUGGAAACAGACAAAAAUGAAUUCUGAAACAAAAAAACAAUUGAACAUUAUUGUUCUAGGAACAGCCUUUAUGUUUAUGUUCACUGCCUUCCAGACAUGUGGAAAUGUUGCGCAAACUGUUAUCACAAAUUUAAACAACACUGAUUUCCAUGGCAGUGGCUACACAAGUAUGGCUGUUAUUUAUGGGGUGUUUUCAGCAUCAAAUUUGAUUUCGCCUUCAGUGGUUGCUAUACUUGGUCCACAAUUAUCCAUGUUCAUCGGUGGCAUCUUUUAUAGCAUAUAUAUUGCCGUUUUUAUCCAGCCUUCUACAUGGACUUUCUACACAGCCUCCGUUUUCCUUGGAAUAGCAGCUGCUGUAUUGUGGACUGCUCAGGGAAACUGCCUGACAAUAAACUCCAAUGAAAACACAAUUGGCAGGAACAGUGGGAUAUUCUGGGCGUUACUGCAGUCCAGCUUGUUUUUUGGCAACCUCUAUAUAUACUUUGCCUGGCAAGGGAAAUUACAUAUAACAGAAAGAGACCGUAGGACUGUCUUCAUUGCUUUGACAGUGAUCAGUCUUGUGGGCACAGUUUUGUUUUUUCUUAUUCGGACCCCAGAAGAAUCAAAUUCAGAUGAAGAAGAAUCCAGUACUGACAACCUUGUGGAACGCACGUCUGGCCAUAGCAGAAUGACAAAGGCUGUAGAUGCAUUUAAAAGAUCUAUCAAGCUGUGUGUCACAAAAGAGAUUCUGCUGCUCAGCAUAACAACAGCCUAUACAGGUCUGGAAUUAACAUUCUUCUCUGGAGUGUAUGGAACCUGCAUAGGUGCUGUAAAUAAAUUUGGUAAUGAAGAAAAAAGCCUCAUUGGACUCUCUGGUAUUUUUAUUGGUGUUGGAGAAAUAUUAGGUGGAGGAAUCUUUGGUCUCCUGAGCAAAAGCAACAGAUUUGGUAGGAACCCAGUAGUGAUGUUGGGCAUUGUGGUUCAUUUCAUAGCCUUCUAUUUGAUUUUCUACAACAUCCCAAAUGAUGCCCCCAUUGCAUCCAUGGAUGGGACUGACAGUAUAGCAUACAUGGAACCAAGCAAAGAAGUUGCUGUUUUUUGCAGUUUCCUAUUGGGCUUAGGUGACAGCUGUUUCAACACUCAGCUCCUUAGUAUUUUGGGAUUCUUGUACUCAGAAGACAGUGCACCUGCCUUUGCAAUCUUUAAAUUUAUCCAGUCCGUCUGUGCAGCUAUCGCCUUCUUCUACAGUAACUAUUUGUUCCUUCAGUGGCAGCUGCUGAUUAUGGCUGUGGUUGGAUUCUUUGGGACAAUUUCAUUCUUCACUGUGGAGUGGGAAGCCCCUGCAUUUGUUGCCAGAGGUUUAGAUUACAGCAGCAUUUGAUGGAAGCAUUUUCAUUUAUACACCUACCCUCAUGCACAUACUUAUGGUUCUUCAAAAGACUUGAUAGCAUUUUUAUUUAUGGAACAUAAAAAAACUGAACACUGAAGUUUUAAAAGACUUUUUCCUGCCCUCUUUUCAACUUGUGAUGAGUAAAUCAUAUAUUACAGCUUCAAAAAAAUUCUGACUGCUGGAACAUAAAGCAUUCUUCUCAACUUUUCCAGUUACCUGACUGCCUGCUUAUGAGGCCAGUUUCUUUAGGCUCUCUUUGCUCUUCAUUUUUCACUCAUCUAUAUCUGAAGCUUUGCAAUCAGUAGUCUUGCCACUAUUUCUUGUGCAUGUAAAAUCAUCCUCCUUCUCCAUAAGAUGAAAUGCAUUGUAAUCCAGAUAUAUUUCAGGAAGAGCAGUUCACUUGGUAUACUGGGAAAAUCCCUGAAAAAAUGCUCUUUUUAAAAAAUAAAUAAAAGGGAAGCUCUCAAUUUUGGGAUGAGAACAUAAGGGAAGUAAAUCUAUUUGCACAGGGGAUUUUUCCAAUUGAAUGUGAAGCCUGCUCAGAGGCAAAAAUGAUUUAAGAUCCUGAGCUCCUCAUAUGCUUCCCUGUUUGUUUGGAAAAUGUGUAAAUUAUAUUUUCUCAGGAUUGAGUUUCUUAUCAUGUGUGCUGCUAAAUAAUUUGUUGGAAAUACACCUCAAAACUCCUUAAAAUUUUACAAAAAUGAUCCUACAAUAUUAAAAUAUCUGGGGGAGUUGGUGAAUAUAGUGUGAUGUCACAUGUAUAGAUUUUGCUUUGGUGCAUGGUUACAAAGUCACAUAGAAAUGAAAGAGUAAAGAAAAGGGCAUGCUUUAUUUUAACCUAAUUUAUUUUAGUUAAUUUAUUGGUACCAGUAGUUGAGAAACAAGGAUUACUGUUUAUUCCCAGUUUUUAAAAAAAUACAUACUUAGAAGGAGGCAUUACACUAUAAGAAUUUUCAGGGAAGAAUGAGAGAAGACAACAAAACAUUAGGCCACUUUUAACAUGCAUUUCCCAUAUUGCAUAUUAUGUAACAGUGUAAUUGCGUUCAUGUCUACACAGAAAAAAUCACUGAUUUUACGGGGACUUAAUUUCUGGUAAACAAGUAUGGGUUGCAGUCUAAGUGUAGGCAAAUGUGAGAAAAUCAUGUGUGACAAUUGUACAUGGUGCUGUCUGCAUUAUAUACAUUGUAUAAUAUUCUUCCAGGGAUAACACAUAAACCAGUGACCAUUGUCUGGUUCUUUCUAGUUAUAUUCUCAGAAUAAUUUUGUCAAUAUUGAUGUGAUUGAUGUAAUAGAAGAAAUGAAACUUCUUGUUCCAAAGGGGUAAUUUUGCGAGCAUUGUUGAAAGAGUGGGGGAAAGCAUUUUUCAAGCAGUGUGUGAGGAAACUUUCCAACACAAAAAGCCUGUUCCAUGAGAGUGCCUUUUAAACUUAUCUGGGAAAUUUUAUUUAGUAUGUUAAUAUUUUUGAAAUGAUUAUUUUUUAAAAUGACAGUGUAUCAAGACAUUGAUAUAUACAGUAUUAUACAGAAGAAAAGUGGGUUACAAAUUAGAAUAUUUUUACAGGAUUCUCCCCCUUUGUUGUGCAUUUUCUGUUCUUAACCACGUAAUCCUGUACACACUCUGAUGUUAGCAAGAAGUAGUGGUAGCUAUGACAAUAGCUACACUUGUUUUGAGAAUAAAUUGCAUGGAAUCUAUUUGCAAAUAAAUAUCAUAUUGUUUUGUUCAGCUCUAGUUAUAUUUACCAGAAUGGGUAUACAGUUGUAAUUUUAAUCAAAAUCAAAAAGUCUCAACAGAAUUAAAUAUAUGAAAAGGUGUGCUCCAUAAAGAACACUAAACUGAAGUCAUGUAAUUGACUAAGAUUUCUUCAAUUAAGGGACAGCCCAAUUUCCUCUUUAAAUCAUAAUGUGGUAGCAAUCCCUGUUUGAGGUACUUUCACCUCUAUAGUGUACAGAAGGGAUGGAGAUAUGACCCAGUUUGGGUCAUCCUUACAGUAACUAAGAAACCCUUGGCUUCAACCUGCAUAUCCAUGGAACUCAGACAUUGAGAGGUUGAUGCCUAAACUUUCAGUACAGCAAAUAAUAGAAGUUGGCUAAAAGGAGUAAGACAUUUUCCCCUCCUUUGCUGCUUGUUAACGUUUGUCUGAAGUUAGUCCUAGCAUAAUGUGAACUGGGCAAAUACAUCUCAAGCAUCACCUUUUUGUCUAGUUUUUCAGAAGGGACAAAAUUACUUGAUAAAAAAUAGCUCCUUAAAUUUUCAGAAGAAGUUUAUCAUUCAGUGUGUACAUACCUUAAAAUAUUAUUGUUAGCAAUAAUUAGUAAAGGGAAUCCCUAACUUGAUCAUUAAUGCUAAAAAGGAACUUUCAAGCAGUGCCAGAUGCUGCUGGGCUAAUAUUUCAAGGUGAUGAUUUCCAUCUGGCUGACCAGAGUUGUAAAUGGCAGUUGGUAUAAGCAGGUGUCAUGCUGUUAGCUUAUAUGCAACAAGAACAGCUGAAUCUGGUUCUUAAAAGUUCUGUGCUACUAUAUGUUUUGAAGGAUAUUUGCCAUACUCUCAAAUAUUUAUGAAUUUACUCAUGAAAUCACUUUUCUGGCAUUUGUUGUGUUACCAUGGAUUGUUUUAAAAACCUUUUUAUUUGAAAUUAAAACAAAAACAAUAACAGCAAUUGGGUGAGCACUGAAAGUGUGAAUUUUAGUCAAUAAAUACAUUUUACAAAUGUG